AUGGAGGUGAACUUGGAGAACAUCCUGUCCCGCGACUGCAGCAGCCGCUGCCGGGAGGACCGCGAGAGCUCCUCGAUGCGCCGCCGCCGCCGCUCCAGGGUGAGGGCUGCAUGCGGGGGCCUGGCCGCGGGGAUCGGGCGGGCGGGCGCCGGCGCUGCCUUUCGCUCCCCGGCGGACACCGUGGCACUGACACCGCCGGGCGCGGCGGCGGCGGCUGCCGAGGCUCCGGGUGCCCUGCAGGGGCCGCCACCCCCCGCACGCCGCCCGGCCCUGCCGGCCCUGCCCGCCCCGCUCCGCUCCGCCCGGAGCGCCGCGUUCCGCCCGGGCCGCCUGUCCCAGAGAGAAAGAGACAAAGAUGGGUUUAUUUCACCUCCAAAUCAAAUACUUCAAAGAAAAAGAUCAUCCCUGACAUUUUCCAGUGCCAUGCAAAAAGCAGAGAUACCGUUUUGGAGCCUGCAUCAUUUCAGAAGAAAAUGUGGAUAUAAGGCACACGUACUUGAUUAGGGUGUCUAAGAGAACAUGAAGAACUUCCUGCAGUCUGGACUUUCACUUCAGAGAAACUGAAAAUUUGGAAGGUGCAUUUUUGUAUCCUAGGAUGAAAACUUGCAAGUAGAGCUGUGCCCAGUAUCUGUUGAUAUUCUGGAUUUUAUUGUGUUUAUAAUAAUCAGAUUGACAUCUAUGUUUUCAGUGACUACUUGGAUGAAAUAAAGAAUGAAGUUUUAGUGGCUCA